AUGAACUACUUUGCAAUUGAGUCUAAUGUCAGCGAUGCUUUGUCAGCGGUGAGAGCCUGCCACUUGGUGACAAUGUUGGAAGACUGCCUAUACAAAGCAAAACACAGCAAACUUUAUUGCUCAAAACUUCUCUUGCCUCCAGAACUAACCAGCAAAGUCGCCCAAGAGGCUUCGAGACUGUCUCUAACAGAACCCUGUGGCCUAAGAGGUUGCAUUAUACAUGUAAAGCUGGAAAAUGAAAAUACACAUAUAAAAUUAGGUACACUGGUUUUUGACUCUUCUGUUAUUCCAACUUUUGAGUUGCAGCUGCUUCUAAAACAGGACAGUCAGAGAUGGGACUAUUUCAGAAAUGUUUUCACAAGAACCUGCUUUCCAGUUAUGUUCAGAAGUGUAUUAAAACUAAGUCCCAAGUUUCUGCUAAGCAAGAGGAAAUUAUAUUUUUCAUUAAUUGCAACAGAAAAUGAAGACUGUUAA